GCGGGCGGGGGUCAGGAUUUCUGUAGGGGCCGAGUGUGCCUCGGGUCUGCGAGCUCCGACAGUUCAACUCCUCCGCCCUCCACAGCCCCCACCUCCACCUCUGCUGACCUUGUCGUUGUAGAAGGCGGAUGUAUAGGAGAGGCGUCACCACCUAAACUCUCCGACCCGCGCGCGCGCCCUCCAGUGGUAUUGGCCGGUUCCCUCAGGUCUCGACCUGCGCGCCCACCCUCGUUAUCAAUAGCUCCAGGAGGAGUGCAACCGCGGCCAGGCUCGGAGGACCUAUCUUGGGAAAGUUCCGCAGGGUCCUGAUCGCAGGAGGACACCAGUCUGAUCCCAGGAGGUCACGGCCAAGACGCCAGCAGGGCUUCAGGAAGUAGAGUCUAGUUCUCUAACCCCAACUGGUCUCCAGAGCCGUCUGUGCACUGGGCCAAAGUCAAGCGCAGUGCCCUUGCUGGGCAGUGUACCCCAGACAAGGUCACCCUUUUCUUUUUUUUUCUUUUUUUUUUUUUUGCGGUACGCGGGCCUCUCACUGCUGUGGCCUCUCCCGUUGCGGAGCACAGGCUCCGGACGCGCAGGCUCAGUGGCCAUGGCUCACAGGCCCAGCCGCUCUGCGGCAUGUGGGAUCUUCCCGGACCGGGGCACGAACCUGUGUCCCCUGCAUCGGCAGGUGGACUCUCAACCACUGCGCCACCAGGGAAGCCCCAUCCUUUUCUUUAAGACAACCCCCACUUAGCUUCCAGAAAUCUACCCUCCCCCAGGUCAGAAGUGAUUGGUCAGGGGUCCUGUUUCUGUUCCCUCUGUCCAUACCUGGAGCCCUUGAGUGGAAAUUCCUUCUCCCGGACCAAAGGCCUGGAAGCUGCUCCCUUGGGGCCCCAAUCAUGAUAGCUGGGGCAGAGCAUUGUCUUUUCUGUACCAGCCCUCUCAGAUCCCUAUUCCCAGGGCCCCCUCCCCCAGAAUCCACCACCAAAGCCAGAGCCCUCUCAGUGCCUUCCCAGUGCUCAGGACUACGGAGGAGUAGCCCUUUGUAUGCCCUGACCCCACAGUCAGGCCCAGGUUCACAGGCUAAAACCUGGAUCUUUUGCCAGGCUGCACCACAUACUAUUUCAUUUAAUCAAAACAAUCCCACGAAGUAGGUACUAUUAUUAUUCCCAUUUUUAUAGAUGACGAAACUAAGAUUCAGAAGUUAAGCAAUUUGCCCAAAGUUAUACAUGUGCUAGUAAGUGUUGGAGGUAGAUUUUUAAACCCAGGUCUGUCUGGCUUUUGGAGUCCAUGUUCUCCAAUUCACUGGAGUGCAGAGUAGCACCAAGUACCUUUCACCACUGCUUCAGGUACUGCCUUCCUGGCUGUAGGCCUGAACACCCAGCCAGGUGUUUUUCUAAGCCCUGUCCCCUCAUCACAUCCUUCUCCCUCCUGCCAAUGAAACUCAACAGUAAGUCAUCACACCAGGCUGCCUGACAAAUGAAUCUCUUUUGCAUUGCCUCAGACCACAGGCAUCCAUCCCAACUGUCUCCCCAACCUUAUGCUCCAUUGCUCCUCUGAGGGUUUGGCUCACAUUCCUCACUGAGCUUUUGCUUAUGCCAUUUGCUCUUCGUGGAAUGCCCUUCCAAACCCUUCAAGAGCAACCAGGUGAAGUUCCAGAAGACUCCUAAUUUCCUCAAUCCAGUGAUCUCACACAGUUCUCAGUGGCAAGGCCUGAAAUGCCCCCAGAAAGCUCCUCUGGCCUAAUACCCAGUCAGGAAGCUGGAAAGAGCAAAGAGGACUUAUUCUAGUCCUAACAGAGUCAGGAGGGUGAGAAAGGAUGCCUGUGCAGCUGUUCCUUUCAGAUCCUGAGCCACUGUUUUUUUCUCCAAAUCUUGUUUGGGACAAGGGCGUAAAAAAUGUUAAGGGAGAAGUGGGGUUGAAAAGGUGCAGCUGAAAGAUUUCCCAAAAAAGAGAUGCAUUUAGGAGCUAUAUAAAUGGUCUAUCUUCCUAUAACAUAAAUUUCUCUGGACCAUUUGGGGAAAAAGUGAAAAUCUGUAACUUAAAGCAUUUUAUUCUAUUUUAAGUUUUAAAGGAACAUUAGGCAAUUAAAAGCAAAAUUCUCCAAAAAUUUUAAGCUAAAACAUGAAAUUGCUAAGAAAUUCCGUGCUUGUAGAGGGAAAAUUCGGACUCUUCCCCCGACUAGGGCUGAUUCCCUUUGCUCUGAGGUUGGGGCAUGAGUAGGAACCUAGUGAAGGCAGCUAUUGUGAUCUCCAGGGUCCGGGGAUGGGAGGCUCAGUGCCCAAAGGUGUGUGGCCCAGCCAGAGGCCGUGGGAAGGUCAGUGCCCAAGAGUGAGGCCCAGCCAGAGGUCAUGGGAAGGGUCAGUCCUGUGUCCCCGGUGUACUCUCGGCCACACAGGCUGAGCGAGAGGGUGGAGAGUGGCAGUCACUGGCUCCGCCCCCCUCUCUCGCCCCGCCCCUGUACUGGCUCCGCGUGGUUCUCUAGAGCCGCAGCUCAGACUCGGUGGUCUCCAGGCAACCCCAGUUUGGCGUGUUUCGGCAGAGGGAACCGCAAGCCCCCAAGUGGUCCGUUUGUGGCUUCUCCCCGAAAAAGAUCGAGGAACGCGGUCUGCAGGCAAAAUUGGACUCCACCGGCUUCUGACGACAAGCCAGGGACUGAGAGUCUCCGAGUCCCGGACAAGUGAUUGUCCCCAGGAGAGGGACAGGCCAGGGACGCCAUCCAGACCGCCAUGGCCGCGCCCGCCCGCCGUCUGUGCCAUAUCGCUUUCCACGUGCCGGCGGGGCUGCCCCUCGCCCGGGAUCUGCAGCGCCUCUUCGGCUUCCAGCCCCUAGCGGUGCGGGAAGCAGACGGCUGGCGGCAGCUGGCUCUACGGAGCGGCGACGCGGUCUUUUUGGUGAACGAGGGCGCGGGGCCCGCAGAGCCGCUGUACGGCCUGGACCCGCAUCAUGCGGUGCCCAGUGCCACGAACCUGUGCUUCGACGUGGCGGACGCGGGCGCCGCCGCCCGGGCGCUGGCGGCGCUCGGCUGCAGCGUGCCGGUGCCCCCUGUCAGCAUGCGGGAUGAGCAGGGCACCGCCACCUACGCCGUGAUCAGCUCGCCGGCCGGCAACCUCAGCGUGACGCUGCUGGACCGCACUGGCUUCUGCGGGCCCUUUCUGCCCGGCUUUAGGCCUGUGCCCUCCGCACCUGGCCCGGGCUGGGUCAGCCACGUGGACCACCUGACCUUGGCCUGCACCCCCAGCAGCUCCCCAAAACUGAUGCGCUGGUUCCACGACUGUCUAGGCUUUCACCACCUGCCGCUGAGCCCAGGUGAGGAUCCGGAGCUGGGCCUGGAGGUGGCAGCAGAGUCCGGGCCCGGGGGGCUGAGGCUCACCGCCCUGCAGGCCCCUACGGGUAGUGCUGUCCCUACCCUCGUGCUGGCCGAGUCCCUGCUGGGGGUCACCAGCCGACAGGACCAGGUGGAGCAGUUCCUGGCCCGGAACGGGGGACCUGGACUGCAGCACGUGGGGUUAUACACACCAAAUAUCAUGAAAGCCACUGAGGGUGUGGUAGGGGCCGGGGGUCAGCUCCUGACUCCUCCUGAGGCCUACUACCAGCAGCCAGGCAAGGAGAAGCAGAUCCUGGCUGCAGGGCUAGAGCCUAGCCUGCUGGCCCGACAGGGGGUCUUGCUAGAUGGUGACAGAGGCAAGUUUCUGCUUCAGGUCUUCACCAAGUCCCUCUUUGCAGAGGACACUUUCUUCCUGGAGCUGAUUCAGAGGCAGGGGGCCACUGGAUUUGGCCAGGGCAACAUUCGGGCCCUGUGGCAGUCCGUGCAGGAGCAAGCUGCCAGGGUCCAGGAAGCCUGAGAAGGGCUGAAGCUGGGUGUAGCCGCCUGUCCUGGAGCACUGGGGAGUCCAGCACAGGGCCUGCUGGAACUGAGAGACACCCACAGAGGCCUGGAGUGAAAGGCUUUGUCUUUAGGAGCCAGGUGUGGCCUCCAUCUCAUUGUGCCAGAAGUUGAAUCUCACAGGGGUCCAAAGAGAUGGGACUUUUUUUUAAACUGUGAAACGUUUCUCAUAUUGUCUAUAUCUAACAUAUAUGCAAAAUGUAAAGAAUAAAGGAAUUACACAAUUAGGAAAUAGAACAUAA